CCUGGACCUUCAGUCGCGUGUGAACCCUCUCGCCCAUCUGUGCCUGACGCCCUCGCCGACCCGAUCCAGGGUGACUCUUCGUUUGAUUGAUUUUGGAAUGCUGUCAUUGGCUGGUUUAUGACGGAAUACUUCGUAACAAUGUGCAGCUUUGACUCGACGAAGUCGACCAAAGGGGCAUCCAAAUUGCGACGUGACCUGAUUAAUUCAGAGAUCGCCAAUUUGAGGGACCUGCUGCCCCUGCCGCCGUCGACGCGUCAACGUCUCUCGCAACUCCAGCUCAUGGCCCUCGUCUGCGUCUACGUUCGCAAAGCCAACUACUUCACACAAGUGUUCAAGAGACAAGACUUAGGACAUUUCCAAACACCCAACAUCGGCUUUUCCAAGGCUCUCAGUGGCUUCCUGAUGAUGAUGACUCAGAAUGGCAAACUGCUAUACAUAUCAGACAACGCAGCAGAAUAUCUUGGACACUCAAUGGAGGACCUGCUGAUCCACGGCGACUCGGUGUUCGACAUCAUCGAUAAGCAAGAUCACGCGUCCAUCCAGGCAGAGCUGUCGAGGGCCACCAACAGUCUCGAGGAUGAGGAACGUCUCUUCCUUUGUCGCAUGAACGUUUCCAGGAAUGCGCGCAGGCAAAUGCGCUUUGGAGAUCAAAAGGUUGUGUUGGUGCAAGGGCACUUUCUGCACUUGCCGCCGAGUUUGUGUCCGAGGCAGCAACCGGUGUUUCUGGCGCGGUGCACACCGAUCGCAAUGCCCGAGACCAGGGAAUGCGUCGUUCAGGGAUCCACGUCUGUGUUCACCACUGUGCACGCCAUGGACAUGCGGUUUUUGCACGUCGAUGUUAAUGGAGAGUUCCACUUGGGAUUCCAAAGGAGAGAACUUCUUGGCGCUUCUUGGUAUCAAUUGCUACAUUGGGAAUCUCUCAGAGAUGCACAAGGGAAGCACCGCUUGAUCACUCAAUCAGAGCAAGAAAAAUCGUGCAUUCUGCUAGUGCGUUUGCAGCGAAAAAAGGGCGACUGGGUUUGGCUGCACUGCGUGUUGCAGGUGAAGGACAGUCUGGACCACACACAGCAAGGGAACACACAAACGCACAACAGCCCUGUCAUCGUGUGCACUAACCAGGUUCUCAGCGACCGAGAGGCUGUGGUAAUGCGCGCCAACCCGUGGCUCUACCAGUAUUACACUGUACACUCUAAAUUGCAAUUUGGUCUCACUGCCUACGAGGCGCCGCAACAGGCAUCGCGUCUGCCAACGACGCCGAUGUCUGGCAACCCCAACAUGGGACAGCAGCCUUAUUAUGCCAACACUGGUUCAGGUCCAGCCACUCCAAUUUCUGGUCUCAAUACAUCCCACCAUCUGGGGUCAGGGUUGACUUCCUAUGACGGAGGCGGCUACGUCCACCAGACGCACCAAAACCCCGACUCACCCUUGAACCAAAACCUUGAGCGCAGCAGCUACCUGAACAUCAACAACAUUUUCAACCUGUCCCUUUCCAAAACUUUUGCCAGCAAAGCCACCUUACAGUCAUACGAAGAACUUGGCGGUUCGACCAGUCUUUCGACCUCCGAAAGUCCGGACAAUGAGGCGGCGCUGCGGGCGCACAGCUACGGCUGCUACAGCGAGAACGGGGUCACCCUGACCGUGCUGCGUCCCACCCCUGGCAUCACCAGGUCGCGGAAAUUUCUUGCCACCAACUCCUACCACGAACUGAGUCCUCCAUACUCAAGCAACGAGAGUUCGCCUGUGCAGAAAGUUCCUGAUGUGGACGUGUUCAACUUCGACAAGAGCUGCGAGCAGUCCGUCCCUGGCAGUCCGGGCCUCUACAGGGUGUCUCCAAUCACCAGAAACAACAACCACCUGAUAAAACCACCCCUUACGCCUGAGGAAACGACCACCUCUGAAUCAGAAGCAGAAGACAAAAAAGACAUUUUGCGUUUUUGACUUUGCUUCCUAUAGAUCUUCACCUUCAGGUAGCCCACCGUGCGUUUAAUGAAUGUAAAAAUCCAAAAAUAUUCAUAGUUUUUUCGUAAAUCAUUAUUUUUUAAUGUAUUUUUUGAGAGCAUUAUUUUUUGUAAUAAUUUAGCACUAAUUUUAGGAGGAAAAGUAUGCAAAAAAGUAUGACACAUUGUCAGACCAUUUGUAAGAUAAUUAAUACAAUAUUAACAUGAAAAUAAAGCAAAGGUUAUUUUAUGUUUAUUGAUAAUUUUUUUUUUACCAUUUUGGCAAUAUCUUUCAACUAUUACAAACAUUAUUAAUUUAAAGUGAUAAUUAUUUAAAUGAUUCAUGUGUCCAUGAAAUAAUUUAUGUCGCAUAUAAAAAUUGUUCAAUCCAUUUUUUUAAUUUUGCAAGUUGCAAACAUAGAGCAAUAUUGUAGUUGUGAUCUAAUUUUUACACUAAUCUUUAUAAGUUGUCUUUUAUAAAUAUUGUGCUAUGUAUUAAUUUAAGUAUGUAUGUGAAUAUGUUUUCAUUGAAUAUAAUUAUCAUACCUUGAAAUAAAAAUCCAAAGUUUACGUUUCAAAAUAUUUAUUUGAUUGACUCUGCAAUACAACACACUACAAGCAUUGCGUGCAAUUGGUACUUAAUAUAAUUCAUUACUUCUCUAAGCAUCUAUAGAAUUUGGUUUCAAUAAAGAUAAAUACAUUAUUUUUCAUAUUAUGGUAACUGUGUUUUUUUUUAUCUAAUAACUGCUUGUAUAUUCAUAAGGUUCUGCAUUAAUAUGGUGUA